UAGGGCAAACCUGUGCCUGUCUCGCUAAAGCCAGUUCACAGCAGUUUAGCGGUAUACAUCUGAGUGGCGAGAGUCCACGUUUCGUGUGAUUUGCAGUUAAUCGAGUUUAGGGGGAAAAACACAUUGAGAGAAGAUCACGUAUGGAAUACGCUUUGACCAAACAUACUAGCGAUGUAAUUGGUGCACCUGCAGUUCGCGACGAAGGAAUUCUUCACAAACAUGUGCUGACAGUAGAUUGUGUCUAAUACAGCAAUAUCAUGGCUGAAGUUAAUAGUACGGAUCAUCUGGUCCGUUCUGAAAAAGACACAUUAGCGAAUGGUUACGACAACGAGGGUUACCAUCCCCCUAAAGAAGACGGCGAAGACGAACCCGCGAACGACGAUGAGCGUCUUCGAGUGGGUGCUCCAGACCCCGUCCCCAACGGCCAUGCUCAUGAGGAAACCAACGGCCACGUGAACGGCACCGCAGUCAUCGUCCUACAGGAGGAAGACGAAGAGGAAGAAGACACAUCUAACAUGGAUGAUCACAGCAGUUCACAACAGAAACCUCUGGAUACGCGAUUACACCAUUAUAUUCCUGUGGAAGACAUUGACAGGAAGAUCCUAAAUGGAUCGGACGUGUCCAUCCCAGAAGAUGCAGUCAUCAGUUUCAGUACGGGGAGAGUGAAAGUCAAAAAAGGAGGCUCCAGUAGCCCCCAGUCGCCUCGUGGAGAUAUCCCUCUUGAGACUUUGCCUCCAUCUUACGGAGACCAGGAUGAUACCAGGUCCGAAAAGGCUGGUUUGGAGGCAGAGCUCAAUAAGAAUGGUGUUUGGUCUUCUGCAGAAGGUUAUAACUAUGGCAGUGCUGAAAGCCAAUUUGUUGUCAGUGAGAAGCUCAAUGGGACUAAUAAUAAAUCGUCUGGUGAAGAUGUGAACUUACCUGUCAGCAACCAUCGGAAGUGUCUAAGCCGCGAGGGAUCAGAUAGUAGUAUUUCUGAACACAAGCCCACGGGAGAAAAGUUGUAUUUUAAUUCUGAUGACAGUAGAAAAGUUUGUCCUAACUGGAAGCGAUUGCUUAUAUGUGGAGCAAUCACAAUUGUCUUAUCUGUUGUAAUUUUAAUGUGUGUAUUUGCUGCAACUGGCAUCAUUUAUACUAAAAACACAAAAUACGAGUCUGGUCAUUCCCUGCCGAGCGUGGAAUCGAUAGCCCACGCGGGUGCAUCCUGGCCCCGAACAUCCUCCAAAGUGCCACAGAAGUCUCAGGUGGACGCCUCUCCUCCGAAUGCGACAUCCACGGCAGCGCGCGAAGAGCUCGACACAGUCACUCGGGCGCCUUCUACAGUCAGUUUAAAAGUUCCUCUGCUGAAUGAUUCGUCACAUUCGCAAACUAUAGUGCCAAAUGCUUUAGUUGGAGAAUUUACAAUAAUUGACGAAAAUUUUACCUACGACUUGAAUGACAACACAUCACGAGGAUAUAUGGUGUUAGCAAAUAAUUUAGAAACAGAACUUCGAAGGAUAUUUAGAGAAAAUGGAGCUAGAUUUGAGACGAUUAAAAUUCUAAGUUUCAGACCUGGUAGCAUCAAAGUAAAAUUUGUUGUGAUAUGGAAUUCUGAUCAAGGCAUCAUUCGAUCCGAUAGAGCCAGUGAGAUAUUAGCAGCAGAUUUGAGGCAGAAAAAUAAUUCCUUUUACAAUUUUUUCACAGUUGAUAUUAACAGCAUACACUUUUUAGAUGUUUUUGAUGAAUGUCGUAUACAAAAAGGUGGCUGCUCAUUUGAUUGUUUAUGGAAUUAUGACACUUUAACGAAGACAUGUAGUUGUCCAAAAAAUAAUUAUUUAUUACCUGAUGGAAAAUCCUGUGCUCCAAUACCAGAAACAAGUUCCACUCCUACUACUAGUACUACUACUGCAACUGUUCCAUCGUCAUCUCAAGUAGUCCAAUUUUUUAGUUCUGAAACAUAUUCAGUAACAGAAGCAGCAAGUACUGUAAGUCCUUCUCAAUCCACAUCAUCUCUAAAUCCUAUGCCAGAAGUAACUACCACCAACAAACCUAUUACCACCCUGUCUAAUCCUCCAGAAGAAAAAUUUUCUUCAACAGAAAAAUCUUAUCGAGGAAUUUUCGAAAUACCGGAACGAACUACUACUGAAAUAUUACAAACUGUUUCAUCUACUAUUUCACCCGAAAGUAUGAGUGAUUUAACUACUACAGAAAAGUAUACAGAAUUUAAUUUUGAAACUGAAAAGAGUACAGAAACAGAUAAAGGGGUUUCUUUUAUUGCUGAAACAACUACUACGUCACCCUUAGAAUUUACAGAAAGUAUUACAAACUUUGAAACAGAAGCUCCCAUCUUUCCUGUGACAUCAGAUAAUUUUACUACUGGAAUGGAGUCAAGACCUUUUAUUCCUGAAAAAAAUGAAUCAACUUUCAGUUUUGAAGAAAUGACAGUUCCAACAGAAGUACCUGUAUCGAUAACAACAGUAGAAAGUAGAACGACAAAAGAACCUGUAACUGAAUUUCCUUUUGGAAGAGCUGAAAAUGAUUCAACUUUGAAAUUCCAUAUAGCUGAACCUACAACAGAAGUGUAUACUUUUGGUUCUAAAAAUGAAUACAUAACUGAACUUCCUAUAGAGGAAGAAACUACCACCCAGUCUGUACCUACUACUUUAAGUGAUACAGAAGCUACAGAAACAGUGCAAGAAUCAACCCAUUCAUCAACAUACAAUCCCACGGAGAGCAGUUUAUCAACUUUCAAUCCUGUUGUGAAUAAUCCUUCAACUUAUAAUCCUGCAGUUAGUAGUCCAUCAACAUAUAACCCAACUACCUAUUAUCCAACCACUUAUAAUCCAACAGCUUACAAUCCAACCGUGUACAGCCCUCAAACUUAUAAACCAACAACAUAUAAUCCAUCAACUUAUAAUCCUACAGCUUAUUACCCAACAACUUACAAUCCAUCAACUUAUAAUCCAACAACUUACAAUCCAGCAACUUACAAUCCAACAACUUACAAUCCUACUGCAUACAGCCCUUCCACUUACAAUCCAUCAACUUAUAAUCCAACCUCUUAUAAUCCUACAGCAUACAACCCUUCCACUUACAAUCCAACUUCUUAUUACCCAUCAACUUAUAACCCAACAGUCUAUAGUCCAAGUACAUAUAAUCCAGCAGUGUACAGCCCAACAGCUUAUAAACCAGCAGUAACGAAUCCAACAACUUAUGGUGAAGAAAAAACUACUGAAUAUGAAGCAGAAACUACUACAACAGAUGCAUUGAAAAAGGAAUCGGAUACUACAGAGGCUUCUGUUGCAAUAUAUGAGACCGUGAAUCAAGAAGGUUCAUUGACAAAAGACCAAACAUAUCCUACCACUUUUAAAGAUACUACAUGGGAAUCUCAAACUGAUUCUAUGACUGUUAAUGAGACUUUUGUUUAUGAAACGACUCCAUCUUAUGAUGAAAAUUUACAAAGUCGCCCUACUGUUUUCCCAAAUCUUGAUUUUAAUAAAACUGAAUUAGAAGAAUUUAAUAUAACUGAAGAAAUAAGUAUUAAAUCUACUACUCCAUUUUUCAUUCCUUUUUUCAAUCAAACGCCAAAAAUAGAAUCAGAUAACUUCACAAAAGCUAAAGAAGAAUAUGAUUAUUUCACAACUGAUAUGACUGAAAGUGAAACUCACACCGAGACAAAAACUCCAUACUCCGAUAUUUUCCAACCUUCACUAAACCUAUCCUCUGCAUUUGUUACUACAUCCAGUCCUACAAUAGUCCAAACUACAUCUGCUACAAAUUUCUUUAUCAGUAAUUUAACCACUUCAGGUUUAGAGACUACUGAUACAUCUGAAGAAAUGACAACAUGGGAUGAUCGCAUUGCCAAUUUUUCUAGUAAUGGGAAUGCAACAGAAACCAUAAUGAUUGAUAAAGAAACCACAAAUUUUGCUGGAGAAACUACUGCUGGUCUCAUGACAGAAUUUACGACGUUACCUAGUGUCACAGUUGAAGCAGAUGCUAAUUUUUCAACCGAUGCAGUAUUAACUGAGAAUGUCACCUCUGCAGAUUUAGCUUCAGAGAGUGAAAUCACAACUACGUCUUAUGCCACUGGCACAGUAAAACCAGAAAGUACUGUGAAUGUUCCUGGAUUUUCUGAUACAGAAAUAACUGAAACACAAUAUCCAAACACACAACAUAUAAUGACAUCUCCAGACACUAUUAUUGCUGAAACAACAAUGCCAUAUCCUAAAGAUAUUUUUACAACUAAAAUUGAUACAACUAGUACAGAGCCGUCACCUGUUCAUAGCAUUCUAAGUGUUGAUCAGUCAACACCAGCAACUAAUUUUGAUAAAGUGGAAACAACAUAUCAUUCUGAUCAAACAACUACUAUGAGUACUCUGGAUGUCUUUGAAACUACAACCGAAUCUGUAACAACUCCCGUCCCUGUCUCAAAACCUAAAACAGAUAAUCCCUUUCCUGUUGAAAGGAAUUUGACAUAUGUAACUGCCAUAGUAGACGGAGGGGAUUUCAAGAAAAUCGUGAAUUUGUCCAUCGUUCCUGUUGUAGCUGGUUCUCAUAACUUAACAAGAACUACAAUGAUGCCGAGUGUUUCUAAAACCGAAAGUACAACAACCAAAAUAGUUAGUCCAGAAAGCUUCGAUACAACUUAUUUGGGUGCCGAAAUCGGUACUACAGCUCCCACUCCAACAAAAGAAUCUUCUUCAAUUGCAAAUAAAUAUGAUGAAACAACUGAUCUGACAUCUGUGGCAGCGUUUGAAUCAAAUGCUACAACAACAAGGGCAACAUUUCUUGGCGAGGAAUUAAAGACAACUACUGAACAUUUGAAUAUGGAUACUAUUUCAACAACUCCAUAUAGUUUUAAUACUGAGUUGCCAAAAGAAAAAGCAACUGGAACUAAUAUAACUGAAUCGGAAACAACAAUUGCUCUUUCAGAAUCUUCUAAAACAGCAGUUACUUCUGCCAUUCAAAAUAAUACGGUAACGGAAUUGGUGAAACCAUUUACGGAUGGAGUAUUCUCCACAAAUCAGAACUACUUUACAGAAGCUAGUCAGACAACACUUUAUACUGAAACGCCAUUUUCUUAUAAAAGUUUUGGAAAUGAUAGCUACAAAGAAAUCACCGAAACUACCGUAGAAUUUGAUAAAUCUUCAGUAACCACCAGCUUAAGUUUUAAUAAUGAAACGAAAGAAGCGAAUUUCACUGAAGUAGCUGAAGGAACGACAAUUCCUGUGUCUGCUAUUGAUCUGAAUCCUGAUGAAACAGAACUCCCAAAUGAAGCAGAAGUUACAACUGUGGCACCUUACAUGUUUGAUAAUUCAACAAUUCCCACCACUGUAGAUACCGAGUUUGAUUUUAAUCUAACAAGUAGUGUAAAUAAAUCAGAAGAAAAUGGUACCAGUGAAUUUGGUGCUUUCUCACCUGAAACUUUCAAUGCAACUGAUGGUAACUACACUUUUGAAGAUGAAGGUGGAAACUAUACCACUACUGGAUUUGAUGGUUUGAUUAAUGAAACGACGACGAAUGCUACCACAGGGAUUGUAUGCAGAGAUGAUCAAUUCAUCUGUGUACCUUUAAACAUCUGUCUCAAUAAUACAUUCAUGUGUGAUGGCAUACAAGAUUGUCCUGAUGGAGUGGAUGAAUUUAACUGUCAAGAUUCCUGUGGAUUGAACUUCAGGUGUUCAAAUACAAGCAACAUGUGUAUUAUGGCAGAGGCUCAUUGUGAUGGAAUUUGGGAUUGCGAUAACGGCACUGAUGAAGAAAACUGCACUCCCACUGAAUGUGCUAAACAUGAAGUGAUGUGUUUGGAUCACAGCAAGUGUAUCAGACCUAGUGAUAUUUGUGAUAAUAAAUAUGAUUGCAAAGACAGAAGUGAUGAAGUUGGUUGUGUGGAAAGAACUACAUGUGAAUCUGGUGGUCGCUUCUUCUGCAAUGAUGGGCUAUGCAUCCCAUGGUCACUGAAAUGUGAUGGGGAGUUUGACUGUAAAGACAAAGAAGAUGAAGCAAAUUGCACUUGCCUGAGUGAUGAAUUUCAGUGUAAUGAUGGAAAGUGUUUGAAGAGUUCUAGCAGAUGUGAUGGCCACAGAGAUUGCCAUGAUGGAGGUGAUGAAAUGGGUUGUGUCAAUGUUGAUGCUCAACAUAUUGUUACAACUUAUGAGCCCUAUUCUGGAACAUGGGCACUACUCUGUGCAGAAGAUUUCAAUCUUGAUGAUGGGCAUUAUUUAUGCCAAGAGCUUGGCUUUGGGCAUGCUUUAAAGACUGAUAAAAUACAUGUUUCAUUCAAUGGAACAUGGAUGGCUAUGCGAAGGGAUAACUUAACAGACAGUUCUCUUUGGACAGAACGAGUUGCAUUUGUUGAAAGUUGUACCAGUAGCUUAGCAGCAGCUGUGGAAUGUCAAAAAUUUGGUUGUGGAGAGUAUCCUGGGUUACUACAUCGACGACGUAAAAGAGAUAUUCUUGGAGGCUCAUCCUCAUCUAGUCAGUGGCCUUUCAUCGGAUAUACUUCCACUUUUAGCUCAAACAGAGGAUGUCUUUCUGAGAUUUUAACUCCAAUUUGGUUGAUAACAUCAGCAGAUUGCUUACUUUCAAUCAGCAAGGAACCCUUCAAUGGAUCAGACUGGUAUGUGAGGACUAAUAUUGGUCGUGAUAUUGAAGUAGGCAUGGCCCAGAAUCAUGAAGUUCUCCGAAUCAUAAAUCAUCCACACUCUUCUAAGUUUCGAUCUCUUGUACUGAGAGAUUAUGAUGUAGCGCUUAUUCGUUUGAAGCAUGCCUUAGUCUUUGUGAAAGAUAAGAUUGGUGCAAUUUGUCCACCAGAGGAACAGGUUCCACCAGGAAUCACUUGUUUCUCAGGUGUCCUUGGCACACAGAAACCUAGAGCUCCACCACCUACAACCCUCACCAUCAAUAGUUUGGCUCUACAAAUUUUAGAUAAAAAGAAUUGCAAUAGUGUUGAGCAUUACAACAAUCAAAUAAACCAAAGAAUGCUUUGUACACAAAGCAGUGAAGGGCAUACAAUCUGCGAUAAUGAUGAAGGAACUCCAUUGAUGUGUUUAACUGGAAUCAACAAAUGGUUUUUAGCUGGUAUGCUGACAUAUCAAAGGUUUUGUGAGGUAUACAGCAAACAUCCAGCUGUGUUUUCUAACCUAUAUACCAUGAGAAAAUUUAUCGAUCAAGUUACAGGCCAGAAACAGUAUGAAAUUUCCUAUGACAGCAAUAUGUAUGUGAUUGUACCACCAACUACUCCAAGUCCAACAGUUCCAGAAACUACCACCUUAUUCACCACAACAGAAACAACUCCAACAACAGAAAUGGAAUCAUCCACAAUUCCUGGGACUGUCACAGUUUUUGAGACUACAAGCUACACAGGAGUUGUUACAGGUACCGCAGAAUCAGAUACUUUUGCAACUGAACCAGUGGAAGGCAGCAUUACAGAAACAACUGGAGCAGAGAUAAUCACUGAAGAACUAAGAGGAGAAGAAAAUUAUACAACAAUUCCAAGUAUGAAUUUCACAAAUUUUGGUAGUGUUCCAGAAAUAACUACAGAAGGACCUGUGGAAGGUAUUAAAGUAAAAGAAUCCUCAACAACUAUAGGCAUUGAAACGAAUUUAACUACUUUGUCACCAUUUGCAUUUAGAGUGUACCAAGAUGGUUCUACAAUAGCAGCUCCAACGAAGUUGGAUGAAAUGACAACCUUGAAAGAUCAAAUGGAAUAUGAUAAUGUAAAUACUUCCAGUACAAUAUCACAAGAAUUUGGACAGAUAUUUAAUGUAAGUGAAAUAGCAAAUAAAACGCAUGAUGCCAUGAUUGCCAUGCAAUCAAAUGAAACAUUUUCAGAAUAUAGCACUGUAACUGAAAGUAUGGUUACUAUUAUAGAAAAAAUGACAAAUGUUACUGAAACAUCACCAGUAGAUAUACUUGCCACAACAAUAAUGUCUCCAAUCGAAAACUCAACCACAACUGAUAUUUCUGAAACUACUGUAUUAUCAACAGAUGGAGUGCCAGUUUUGUCCUUGACUAAUGAAACUGUAUUUAAAGCCCCAGAAAGACUGACAUUGACUACACUGCUUCCAGUUUCUGAAGGUGAAACAUUGAUUAGUGAAAUAGAAACUGAAACAACACCAACUUCAAUAAGUGGAUUUACUGUAAAUGGCACAACUUCUAACAUGAAAGAAAUCACAGAAACUACGACUCAAAUUCCAGAAUCAUCAACUUUAAUUUUGAAGUCUGCACGGCUAGAAUCAGAAUCAACAGCAUACACUGAAAGCCCUUCAUUUAUGAGCAGCACUGAAAGUGAAAUUUCUGGCACCACUUUGGAAAAAUCAGUUACAUAUUUUGAUUCAGAAACAACAGAGAAACCUACAGAGAGCAGCUAUACAGGAACAACUAGAUCGACUUUUAAACUAGAAGAAUAUGGAGGAUUUACACAAAGUCCACAUAUGACUGAAGAAACACUAACACCAACUUCUGAAAUAGAAACAUCAACCCCAGAAUUAGUUUUAGAAACAGCUUUUACCACUGAGAAACCUUUCUCCAUUAAUGAAACCUCCACAUUACUUUCUGAUCUUAAAAUAACAACACCUGUUUCUGAAACAGGAACACUCAUUUUUGAGACAGAUGUCGAAACAGAUGGGGAUUUAGCUAUAAUUGCUUUCAAUGAUUCAAGUGGCAUUAUUAUGGAACCUCUAGAAUCUAUAGAUGAACUAGGAAACAUUAAUAGCUCUAAGGAUUACCUAACUCGUAGCAGAAAACUUGAUGAUACUCUUGGAAUACCAGGAAUUGUAUAUGAAUCUUCUGUAACUAAUAAUUCUGAAACGACUAUUCAAACUGUAACAUCAGCUGAAGAAUCUUCUACAGUUCGUAGUGACAAUCUCUUUGCUUCUUUGGUAUCAUCUGAAAAUCAUACCAAUUUUACUAACAUAAUGGAGAGAUUAAUUCCAGGGGAAAUGAAAAAUGAAACAUAUGCUACAUUAUUACCCGAAUUCAAUAAAAAUGAUACUUUAUUUAAAGAGGAUGAGACAACAACAUCUAAUCCAGUAACUCAGUUUGACAAAACAUUUGUACCUUAUAUUAAUACAACAGAUGGGAUGCAAAACUAUUCAAUAAUGGAAAUAUUAACUGAUGAGUUUCCAUCUUCAAGAAAGAAUUUUUCUGAAAAUAAUAAAGAUAUCUGUGGAACAUGGGAACAUCCAGUUAAUAUCAGCAACUUCAAUCAAACCAAGUUCUACAAUGAAUGGCCUGCUCUGGGAUACUUGCAGAUGAUUUCUGAAACCAAUAUGUGUGCUGCAAGCUUGAUAUCUUCUCAGUUUGUUAUAACAUCAUUAAAUUGUCUUUCAAUCAGGGAUAGCGAAUUAAAUCCUGAUAAGUGGGCUUUUAUCAGUGGCUUGUAUGAUGAAGACUCACUGGUGGAUGGUCAGCAAAAUCAUCUAAUUUCAAAAAUCAUCCCAUUUGCAAAUGCAAGCAUUUCUGUGUUGUUCCAUGAACAUAACUUGGCUUUAGUAAAACUAAAGGAUCAAGUUGUAGUUAGUAAAUAUUCUCAAAAUGUAUGUCUGCCAGAAGAAGUUCAGCCAGGAAAAGAAUGUUAUGCGGCUGGUUGGAGUAAAAGUUCUUCAGGUGAUGAUCGUGAGAAGGCCUUUUAUUCUGUUCCAGUAGAUAUAAUUCCUAAGGACCAAUGCAAUAGCACAGCCAGCUAUAGUGGACUGUUAUUGGAUAGUCUUAUUUGUGCUAGUUAUAAAAAUGAAACUUUUCCUACAUGCCAAAUGGAUUAUGGCUCUCCUCUGUUUUGUUUGAAUGAAAAUGGCAGGUGGGAAUUACAAGGUGUUUUGAACUUCCCAAAUCCCUGCGAUAUGGUGCAGCCAGCUGUGUACGACGGAAUCACCAGUGUGCAAGAUUGGAUUAUGAACACUUUGAUUAAUGACGCUUCAUAAGAUGAGCGUAUCAUAUACGUGAGCGGAAAUAGUCAAUAUUUCCAUUUUGUGAUAAAAGUCAAAGAUUGACAUUAGAAUUUUACCCGCUAUAGCGAUGGUGAAAACUCCGUGAAAAUUUUCGAUGCCGUCCAAGUAACUUUUUUUUAAUUGAUGGGAAGGAGUGAGAAACAGACAAUUUUUUAGGAAGGAAAAAAACUUUUUUUUUUCUUCCAAUUUCUAGGAAUAUAUGUGUCCAUUUGAUUCAAAGAACUGCGCAAUAUUAUCGAACUAGUGUCUAAGGCUAGUUAAAAUUGCAGUAAAGCUAGUCCCUGCAGUUGUAGAGAUGGUUUUCUUCUCGCCAAAGCAACUGCGAAACUUUUCCUUCUGUACGAAUCAUCUGUGAUGUUGAACGUGCCUUAAUGUGUCAUUUAACGUUCUACUAAACGACAAAGACCUUUUUUUCAAGAAGUCGUCAUGUAUAAAGUUGUAUAAAAAGCAAAAACUGAAAACCAGAAAUUGAAUGGAUAAUCCAUGAGCAACGUUUUUCGUCUUCAGAUCAUUUUGUUAACUAGUAGACAGAUAUUUGUGCAGUAUCUUCUCUAUGUAUGCAAUGACCAUAUGAUUUUUUUUUAAAUUCCUGAUGUUGCACUUUAAAUUUUUUGUUAAUUCAAAAUACUUUUUAUUCAGCAAGCAUAUUUUUUAAAUAUUAAUACAUUCGCUGCUGUUGAUUUUAUUGCUAGAAAUAAUUCAUGAGCAAUUGGUGCAGACAUAUAUUAUUAUGUUGAAACAUGAAGAGGCAAAGAAAAAAAAAUUACCUACGGAAUUGAUAUAUAUUUACAUUCCUGAUUAAUGUAUGCAUCUCCUUUCAAAUGUUUAGUUUGGAGUCAUUUUCAAAUCUGAUAAAUAAGACAGUAGCAGAUCUGUGUGUCUAAGUAAUUUUGACUUAGACACACAGAUCUGCUACUUUGACCAGGCUACUACCAGGGCUAUGGGCUUCUAGCAUUUUUGCCAGUAGUACUAUUCUUCAGGUAUGAGGGUUUGACUAUUUCUCAAUUUCAGUUUAUUAUUUACAAAGUAAUUAUAUGUUAGAAAUUCUACAAUUAAAGAUAGAAAAAAAUUAUAAUUAAACAAAAAAAAAAUUACAAUUAAAGAUAAAAAAAAUAGUGCAAACCAAUAUCAGCAGCUACGAAUGUAUUAAAAACCCAAAUUAUACGAUUUCAUAAAAAGGGGUGGGGGUAGUUAAAAUGUGUACCGUUUCAUGUUAAUUUUAAUUUAUUUAAAUAUUUUAUAAUUUAGCCAUAUUUGAAAGGCAUUUUACCAGUUAAAGAUAUUUUAUUCAAUUAAUAUUUUAAUACAGCAUCGAAUUUCAAGAGUUUUUUUUAUAUGAAUUUAGAUACUUUCAAUUGUUUUAUUGCAUGAUUUGUUAUGAAUGUGUUGUCCUAGGUUAUAAGUCAUUUGAUGUACAGCUCAUCGUUUGUAGUGAAGAAAUUUGUUUCGUUUAUUUCGAUAUUUAAGCUGUAAUUAUUAGUUUGUUUUGUUAAUAUUAACCUCUCGGAAUUCUUUCAAAUCGAAGGGAAGUGUUAGAACUGAAACCAAAGUGAAAUAUGUCGAUGCUCGUUUUUUAUCCACUAUUUCACAGACAAAUUCAUUUUUAAAUGGUUUCCAGUGUUAAUAUUUUAGGUAACUAGUUUCAUUUCGUGUUUUGCCUACAAAUCUGUUUAGAUUUGAUUUUUUUUUCCCUCUAACAGAAAAGCAUUCCUAUUUAUUAGAUCUGUUUUAAUGUGUUGAAAAUGUGGUUGUAGAGUCGCUUCCCUUAACAACUGCAGAGAGUGAUUUGAAGUGAUGUCAAAAUGUGCCAUUGCAGAGUUCCCAGUGGAAGCUUCGAGUAGCAAGCUGCUUUUGCUUAUGGGUUGUUUUGUGAAACUGCUGUUUUAUUUUUCGAAUCCCAGUCAAUAAAUAUUACUUUUUCACCUAGUCAA